UGUUCUGCUCUUUUUCUUUUUUGUGCUUUUUUGAUGAAUUUUGCCGAGUGUGUGAUGACGUUCUGCUGUUAAUUUUCAAAGAAACAGUUUAAUUUCUUAAAUAUUAAGGAAGAAAAUGGACCCAAACAGCACUGAAGAUGACAAUCUACCUUCUCCAGUUCUGGAUGUGAUGGAAAAUCCACGGAAAAGGGUGCGCUUGGAAAAUUCGCCGCGUAAAAGUUGGAGUUUAAUGGAUAGGAGGGCCGAUAAAGAGGUAUUACAAGAAAUGGGUGUAAGCCUUUUGGAGCCUGACGAUGGAGACCCUAAUUGUGACGCGGCUUCUAUUAAUAACGCACAUAAACCCAAUCUAAAACGCAAGCGUGACUUAGAGAAUGUCAACCCCAAUAUCAACAAUAUCAUAAUGUCCCCACGGGGCAAAUACAGCCCCAAGUCCCCGCGGGGCAAGUUCAGCACCAGCCCCGGACCUUCGAGGAUCAAAAGCCCCAGGAGCUCAGAAAAACUGAAACCAUUGCAACCAUCAGAUCAGACCCUGGAGACGAGUGUAAGCCACGCUUACCUCGUGGACGAGGAGACCCCUCUGGGUCAGUCAGUGAGCGCUGACUAUAAGGGCUUAAACGCCGGCACGAGCAGCGGCAAGAAACGGAUAAGCGACAAUAGUUUUAAUCGUAAUAGCUUAGAAGAGGACCAAAGAGUACAGCUGGCUCAGUCAUAUAGCAGGCAGGAUGACAUGACUCAGGAAGACACGGAUACAUUCUCGUUGCUAUCCGACGAGGUCAUACUCGGCGUCAUGAGCUGGCUGCCGAAGCGCACUCUGGCGCACUGCAUGCUUGUAUGCAAACGUUGGUACAGAAUAGCUUGUACGGAAUCGCUGUGGCAACGCUUAGAUCUCGCUAAUAAGGCACUACCCAAAGACUCACUAGGAAGUAUACUGGAUAGAAAACCUGUCGUAGUCAGAUUUGCCAGCGCAGAGAUAGCCGAAUGGCACCCAACUUCAAUGCCAAUACAAUCGCGGAUACAACUUCUAGACCUGAGCAUGUGCACAAUAGACCAUAAGACACUAGAGCAAUUGCUCGUAAGAUGCUCAGGAGUGAGAAAACUGAGCCUCGAGAGUGUUAACCUGAGCGAAGCCGCUCAGAAACUCAUUGGCAAAUGCGCUAACAUAGAAGUGUUAAACCUAACAAUGGCCCAAGGGAUAACCGUUGAAGGAUUGACCGCCAUCUUGGAAGGAUGUACUGGUGUUCAAUCCCUAAACAUAUCGUGGUGCUACCUAAGCGAAGAGGCGCUACGAAUACUAGUCGAAAUGCUGCCUCAAAAUCUACAGCGACUCAACCUGGGCGGCGCGCGGGCACUCACAGAUGACAUGGUAACAGCGCUAGUUGCCCGCUGCCCGCUGCUCAUAGAACUGGACUUGUCCGACUGCUCGCGGCUGGCAGUUGCAUCACUGUCUGCUCUUCUAUCGCUGAGUAGACUGGAGCACCUCGCCUUAAGCCGCUGCUACCUUCUGCCCCCACACGCCUUAACCAAACUGAGCAGUAUGGCAUCGCUGCAAUUUCUGGAAGUAUGGGGCAUGCUGCACACCGCCUCCACCAACGCGCUGCGCGCCGCCCUGCCCGCCAUACAAAUCAACCAGUACAAGUUUAGCGCAAUAGCUCGCCCAACGGUGGGCACGCGACGGACAUCCAUUUGGGGCGUGAGGACUAGAGACUGAACAUAUAUAUAUUAGAGUACAUAUUUAUUGUUAGCAUUAGAUAAACAAAUCAAAUGAUAUUUAUA